AUGCGGUACCGCGUGGGCGAGCCGUGUGGGCACGAUCAUGGUCCGGAUGCUCUCGAUGACGUGUGGAGGGACAAUGCGCCUCUUUUCCGAGAGGCUGGUCAGUUGACGGCACUUCUAGGCGACCGGUAUCUCUGGAUUGACUCGAUAUGUAUCAUACAGGAUUCCCCUGUGAAGAAGGACUGGGCGCACGAGGCCACGAAGAUGGCGGACUACUACCAGUAUGCCUGGCUUACGAUCGCGGCAACAGCACUGUCGAAAGACGGCGGGCUCUUCAAAAGUAUGGAGAUGGAAGACCUCCCACGAGUAACACGGCUACCGUACAUGGCGAUAGACGGACGGCAGCAGGGCCACAUGUACGUGCAGUGUGCGGGAGAAAUGGCGCUAGCAACGGACUAUAAGACAUAUAUCAACCACAGUGAGCUUUUACAGCCAGGCUGGGUAUUUCAAGAGUGGAUGCUCAGCCGCCGGCUAGUAACUCUGUCCAACUGUGGGCUCUUUCUCACCUGUGCUGGAACACCCCAGCCACAAUCCAUAAUGGGUGACCCGGUGAUCAACGGUGGCAGAUCGUUGAAAAAUACUCGGGCCUGCAGCUCACCAAGCUUGAGGAGGAUCGCCUCGCGGCCCUCGCUGGAUUGGCGCGGGAUUUCGGUCGUGCCAUUGACGGGACAGAAGGCAAGGAAUCGGAAAGAGCAGACCCGGAGCUCUCGUGCCGCUAUAUCUCGGGAAUGUGGUUCGGCGAUAUCCGCGGACUGCUCUGGGAACAACGGCGGAAAGGACCUCGAACGAGAGUGA